GGAUACCAAGAAGUUAGACCUUGAUUUACGGUCUUUUCGAAUUUAUUCUAGCCCACAAUCACCCCAGAAUUUUCUACUGUAGUAUUCAGACAUUAUAAUCAUGUUGGAGACACUACCAUUCUCUGUAUUACUCAUUCUAAUACUUUUAUUGGCUAUCCUCCUGCGACCGAAUACACAAAGGGCAACAAAAUAUAUCGAGCCACCCUUGAUCUCAAGUGCAGUCCCCAUGAUCGGCCAUCUGAUCGCAUUCGCCUACUAUGGACUUGGGUAUUUUCCACUGCAGAGCACGAAAACAACGCAGCCUGUCUUCAGCAUAAAAAUCCUGUUCCAAAAGGUGUAUAUCAUAACGUCACCGCGGCUAGUAUCGGCUGUUCAGCGCAGUUAUCGCACCAUGUCUUUUGACCCGUUGAUAACUCGCACCGCAAGGUGUGUUGGGGGUAUCACAGGGCCUGGACUGCAACUUAUCCGCGAAAAAGCAUCCCAAGGCCAAGGGCUCGGGCAUCACACAACGGCUACUAUGCGUCACACUCUCAUGGGCGAAGGCUUGGACCAAAUGAACAAGAAGAUUAUCCCCUGUCUCCAAAAAAGCGUCCAAAAUCUAAAAGAUCAUCGUGGCGGACUUGAUCUCUUACAGUGGUGUAGACUCACACUCACAAUCGCGACAACGGAGGCAGUUUACGGGUCGUUAAACCCUUAUCGUUGUGUCAUUGCGCGCGAAGCCUUCUGGGAAAUUGAGAAAAAUUUGAAUGCCCUCAUGAUGGAUAUUGCACCUUGGCUGUUCGCACGAAAGGCCUGGAUGGGGCGAGAGUAUCUGGCAAAUGCUUUUAUGGAGUAUUUUAAGGAAAGUGGUCACUUAGAAUCGUCGCAAAUGGUGUACACAAGAUGGAAAACGCAACACGAUGCUGGAGCAACAUUGGAGGAUAUUGCUCGUCUCGAAAUUGUGAUGGGCCUUGGAAUUCUCUCUAACACGGUUCCUACCUGCUUCUGGGUUAUCUUUGACAUUUUCUCACGUCCCGAUCUACUCAAAGAACUGCGUGAGCAAAUACAACAGACUUCACUGUCUGUCGACUGUGACGGGCUCCAUACCGUCGAUAUGGCUGCAGUUCAAGACAACUGUCCACUGCUGCUUGCAUCACUCCAAGAGACGCUUCGGGUUCGAUCGAAUUCAGCUCAGUUAAGGGUAGUUCACAGGGAAACAGUCUUAGAUGAAUCAUGGCUGAUCACUGCCGGCUCGGUGCUUGUGAUUCCGGCUGCAUUGAUCAAUAAAAGUGAGUCUGUAUGGGGGCCGAACGCCAACGGAUUCAAUCCUCAACGAUUCAUGACCGAAGUUCCAAAAAAGAACAAAGAAUCGGCAUUUCUCUCAUUUGGUUUAUCCCCAAACAUGUGUGCUGGUCGUCACUUGGCUACGGGUGAGAUUAUUGCUCUUACGGUGAUGUUAAUUUUGCAAUUUGACAUCUGUCCUUGCGAGGGUACCUGGAAAAUGCCACCCAUGAAUGUGAAGGCAUUAGCUGCAUCAUUGAGCCCACCGGCGGAUCAAUAUUCCGUAACCAUUAAAGAGAGAGAACAAUUCAAAGGGGCGAAAUGGAAUUUUGUGGUUGCACCAGGAAUGGGAAGACAGAAUUUGAUCGUCGGAUAGAGCCCUUACGUCGAGCCAGGAGAAUGGUAGCGUAGUCUGGCU